AUGGCGACCGCCGACGCGUGGGACGCGUUCGGGCGCGACGACGGCGCGCGCGCGACGACGGCGCGCGCGCGCGACGACGCGAGGGACGCGCGCGCGGCGGCGACGCACGCGUUCUUCGAAAACGCGCGCGAGCUGUGGAGCGGCGCGCGCGCGAGGGACGGCGCGACGCGCGACGCGCGAGCGGUGGCGGAGGAAAUCGCGCGCGCGCACGACGCGGGGUGGGCGUCGACGGCGGCGGAGCUGGAGGAGUUCGCGCCGAGCGGACGACGCGCGAGGGACGCGCUCGCGAGGUGCGCGGCGAACGCGCGAGCGGAGACGUGGGACGCGUGCGCGCGAUGGGCGAAACGGACGAUCGAGGCGUGCGGCGAACAGUUGGGACGAGGGAAUUGGCCGGUGAGUGGGUUCUUGGAGGCGCACACGCUGGCGCACGGAUGGCUCGUCGUCGCGGGCGUCGCGGCGACGGCGAGCGACGCGGGGGAAGACGUCGACGAAGGCGCGCUCGAGGACGAUCCCACGGCGAGCGCGGCGUGUCGGGGGGCGGAAUGGAGCGCGAGAGAGCGGCUGGGGAGGAUUGGGUUGGAUUUACUCACCGCGACGACGUUAUUCGAGCGAGGGUGCGUUCCGACGUGGUGCGCGAGCGCCAUUUUACUCGUCGAACGCGCGUUUCAGCCCGACGACGCCGAGGGACGCCGGGCGUUUCCUUUGAACAGCGCGAUUCCGACGACGCUACCGAUGAGUGGGGUUCCGACGAUCGAACCGAGCCGACAGAUUCAUUUCGAGGACGCGCGCUCGUUAACGGCGCCGCGAUUUUACGCAGACUUCGUCGCCUCGGAGACUCCGGUCGUGAUUCGAGGCCAUCUCGACGAGGACGGCGAGAACUGGGCCGCGUUGGACGUUUUUAAAAAUCUCGACGCGUUCGAAAAGUAUGCGGACACAAUCGUUCCCGUGGAAUACGGUACGGCGUUCGAUAGCCACGGCGUCGGGAUCACCACGCUCGGAUCGUUUGCGCGCGAUUUUCUCGCGCCUUCCAACGCGGCGCACGACGGCGCGCCGACGAGCGACAAGGUGGCGUACGUCUCGCAGCACCCGAUAUUCCACCAAAUACCCGAACUUCAGAGCACGUUCACGGUGAUUCCGUACACCUUAGGCAGGCUUCGCGUGGAGACAUCCGCGGUCAACCUGUGGCUGGGCACGGCCGGCACGAGAACCGCGAUUCAUCGCGACCCGUACCUCAACCUCCUCUGCCAAGUAUCCGGGUACAAAUACGUCCGCAUCUACGCCGUGAGUGAGACUCCACACCUUUACGUCGCCGACACCGACACCCUGCGCGGCUCAAACGUGAAUAAUUUCACCCGGUCGCCCGUCGAUCCCGAGAGCCCGACCGUCUCUCGCGAGCAUCCCCGCGCGCUCGCCGCAAAGUUUCUGGAAACCAUCCUCGCGCCCGGCGACGUCCUGUUCAUGCCCAAAGGUCACUGGCACUACGUCCGUUCCUUGACCUCGUCCGUGAGCGUCAAUUUCUGGUUUUAG